GGUCUUCUACGGGAGUCAUGAUUAUGUUGUAGUCAGGGAGACCUGAAGCUGUCAGAGACCAGCAGGGACAGAGGACGCACCAGUCUCUUCCGUUCCGCCCGGCUCGCUCCGGUCCAGCUCCGAUUGCACGUGACAGGUGAUCAAUCGGUCAGCCAGGCCUGUCUGUCGGAUGUUCUUGGCCAGGCUGCUUCCAUCACCGCGGCGAGGCAGGUAGGAUAAAUGGCGCUGGAGCCGGAGGGGAACGCGCUGCGGCUGCAGGACGUGCUGUCUAGACCCGGGAACCAAACAUGCGCUGACUGCGGCAACCCAGAGCCAGAUUGGGCGUCGCUGACUUUGGGUGUGUUUGUUUGCCAGGCCUGCUCCCUCCUUCACCGGAGCAUCCCUCACAUCAGCCGGGUCAAGUCCGUCCAGGACACGUGGGAAACCAGUGAGGUGGAGUUAAUGGCUGCAGUAGGAAACAAUGCAGCCAAGGCCAAAUAUGAGCAGAAGGUCCCUGCAUUCUACUACAGACCAACCCACUCCGACUGCAAGCUGCUGAGGGAGCAGUGGAUCCGAGCCAAGUAUGAACGAAACGAGUUUGAGUUCACCGAGAAGCAAGAGCCUUACUCUGCAGGAUAUUUACUGUCGUUCCUCCAUCCACUCUGCGUUCCUUUCCCUCUGCAAUCAGGGUACAGAGAGGGGUUUCUAUGGAAACGAGGCAGAGACAACGGUCAAUUCCUCAGCAGAAAGUUUGUCCUGACAGAGAGGGAGGGGGCGCUCAAAUACUUCAACAAGCAGGAUGCCAGAGAUCCAAAGGCGGUGAUUAAAAUUGAAACCCUCAAUGCGACGUUCCAGCCGGCUAAGAUCGGCAACCCCUGUGGCCUCCAGAUCACCUACCUGAAAGACAACAGCACAAGAAACAUCUUUGUUUACCACAGUGAUGCUAAGGAGAUGGUGGACUGGUUCAACUCCAUCAGAGCAGCCAGGUUUCAUUACCUGCAGGUGGCCUAUCCAGGUGCAAGUGAUGAAGAGCUGGUGCCCAAACUGACGCGAAACUUUAUGAAAGAAGGCUUCAUGGAGAAAACUGGUCCAAAGCACACAGAGGGUUUCAAGAAGCGGUGGUUUACUAUGGACGACAGGCGACUCAUGUACUUCAAAGACCCGCUGGAUGCCUACGCCCGAGGUGAGGUGUUCAUCGGUAGCAAGGAGAACAGCUACACGGUCCUAGCGGGUCUGCCGCCUUCCACACAGGGUUACCACUGGAACCACGGCAUCACCAUCGUCACACCAGACAGGAAGUUUCUCUUUGCCUGCGAAACCGAAGCCGAGCAACGGGAUUGGAUAGCCGCUUUCCAGAGAGUCAUCAAUCGACCGAUGAGGCCGCAGGAGUAUGCAGUGGAGGCCCAUUUUAAACACAAGCCCUGAAGCUGGCAGCAAGUCAGGACUCAACAGAGUUGACUCGGUCUCACUGAGAUCAGUGCUUGCACCUUGAGACCAGAGACCUUAGCGGGAGGCUGUGGGUUGCGUUUGGAGUCAGGAAUGGGCUGAGAUUAAAAAAAAAAUGAUAAUGAAGACACGGAAGAAGAGUGAUGCACAAACUCUUGGGUUGAAGGGAAAAUGAUGCCAUCACCCCACGGACCUCGUGUAAACCCAAGACCCUCGUCCUCACCUCAGCCGUGCGGAGCCCUCGUCUGCAUCCCUAGAUUUUGUCUUGUGAAUGGUUCAUCCUGCCUGUAAUCUAAUGUAAUUAUGUAAGCUAGAGUCAUUUCACUGGUUGCUUAACAAAGACAAAGCUUUGGUCAUUUAUUGAAUGUAGUCUGAAUGACAGUGGUGGCUUUGGGAUGUUUUCAUCGAGGACUUUGAGGUGGAACCUCUGGCUUUGAAACCCUGAUAAACCUGAAUCUACAAAGUGCAGUUAACAACAAAAACGUGUAGAAAACUCGUGCACAAACGCUCAGUGAACACCACCGCUGCUAACACAGCUGACACAGCAGGGGGGUCCUUAAAACUUCAGUCUGACUGCUGUACUCUCAUUCAUUUGUACUGUUUAACAUACCAAGUCACUGUAGACAUAAUUAUUGCUGCUUUCUGGACUUAAAGGUGUCAGGAUUGUAAUUUAUAUAACACUUUUCUGAGUGACCAUGUUCUCUUUUUGUAUCUUGUUUUAAAGACAUUUUGUGUUGAUUCUUGCGUCAUGGUGAGAGUUUGUUCCAUCAUUAAAAGUCCUCAUGCCGUGUGGCAGAGUCCAGA